AUGGCAAAACUCACUCUCCGUCUGGCGGGGCAGCGCAAACAUGCCGCCGCGCCUGGCCGCACUCCCAUGGGAGUCCAGCAAAGUACCCUUACUGUCUCGCGUGCGGGUGUGUCAGCGCGGUUCGACACGUCUCCCGCGGUACGAGCCAAUUCCACGCGCGAACACCACGAAACCGCGCACGGCUCUGCGCGUGAACUAAAUCAUGACGGGCGAGAGCCAGAUACGCGCGAUUCAUCGCGUGAGCCUACACUCCGCGAACCUGUUCAGCUCAACGUCUGGUUCCACGACCCUCGCACCGACCUGGCGGACGUGCUUAUCGACACCGCGCUCCUCCCCGGCGCUAAGGAUGGCGAUGUCGCGGAGCUUGAACCGCUUAACUCGCUGCGCAAGUUGCUCUUCCGCGUCACCGCCGGCGCAAAGCCAAACAUGGUUUCCGUGCAAUCCGGGGCGCUCCAGACGCUCAUGGAGCUAACGCUCCGCAGUCCGGUUCUUGUGCGGUUGAAACAGCCGGCAGAGGUUGAGGCUGAUUUGGUAGAGAUACAAAUCAAGGACAUGUACCUUUCACGCGGCGACAUGUGGCACUUCUCGUCAAUUCUCCAGGGUCAGUGCGUGUACCGGUCCAAGAAGGUGGCAUUGAUGGAUGGGAUUCGCGUGACGGUCAACGGCAUCUACCGCCGCAAACAAAAGGUGUUUUCCGCAUACGUGGGCCCCGCGACCAAGGUAGUGUUUCGACUGGAGUCUGCGAGGCUUACGUUCUUGAUACAGGUAUCGCGCGAGAUGUGGCACUUCGAGGAGAGCGGCGAGAUUCUUUUCCAGAAGUUGAUCCACACCGUGUUACCCACCAUUUUCAAGCGCUGGCAGGAAAUCGGCACCCACCACUUGAUCACCAUUGUGUUGUUUGCCAACGUGGACAUCACCAACACACCCUGGGGGAACAUCCAGCCAGGCGAGCUCUUCGCGGAGUGUACAGACUACUUCCGCGUGGUGGUUGAUCAGGUCCACCUUACGCACUGGAGCGAAAUUAUGGGUACGCUCCGGUAUGAGUUCUCGCGUUUUAUGCGUGACCUACUCCUAGUGGAGGAAAACGGCUGCUGGCGGUCUAAGGGCAAGUUUCUCCCGGCCGUCAAGGGCAACUUGCUCGAAGCAAUCAAUCUCACGGCCAGCAUCGUCACCGACAACCUCCGCGACCCGGAUCUCCGCCAUACAAACAACCAGUUCAUUGUCGUCACGCCCGGUACCGGCAUUUUCGACGUGGACUACGACUUGAUGGUCCGUACCAGUGAGAAGAUGUUGGCCCUUGAGGUGGGCGUGGACAUUAUCUGCCUCUCGCAACCGCCGCUCCACGCAGUGCCGUUAUUCCGUUACUUGCGCGACGGCACGUUAUGCCACUGCAUACCCACGUGGAUCGACGCGUCGUUCUGUAGCAGCACGAGCAGGAACGCACUCUACUGGACACCGCGAUGCAAAAUCUACGAGUUGCAGAUGAUGGGCGUGAUGGCGAACGACGCGAGCGUGGUGGCAAUUACGCUGUUGGCCGCGCGGGGUGAGCGCGCGAUGGAGGAAUAUGAUCGGGAUGUGUUCUCCUCUGUAGGAGCGGUGAGCACGCGUGAUAGGACCAGCGUGCACGCGCGUGAAAGGCUUAACGGAGGGACGUCGCGCACGGCAUCUCUUUCCCGUGCCAGCUCCACCCUCACCCUUGCCAGCUCUCUCUCAAACUCGCUUACGCUUGGGUCACCGCGCGCGUCCGUGCCGGUGACGGGCGGUGCCACACUCACCACCAGCCCUGUAUUCAGCAGCCCGACCCAUAUCCGCACCGGUGUGUCCGCAAUGACGGCGUUACGCCAGUUGGCGCAGGCGCCAAGUGAGAGCUCUAAGCUGCGCUCGCCGUCACCCACAGCCGAGACAGAGCCUGCACGCGAACGCCAGCCCGUGCGUGAGCCCCAACGCACGCGUGUGCUUCCAGCCAAGGGUUAUGCCAGCAAGCCUGCGGUCAAGCACAGCGGCCCCGCAGACGUGACGUCCAUCCUCUUUACUCCCAUCGACAACCCGUCGCGCUCGGCGACGUCGCUCGGGCUUGAAUCGUACGGCCGUUGGCAGCACACGUUCCCGCGCCACGCGCGCAAGCAGGGCCUCAAGUGGCGCUCACUCACGUCGCCGGCUGCGCUCCCGCUCACCACGCCCGUGUUCCCAGCGCCCGUGGACUUCCAACAGAACUACACGUUCCAGCUCUAUGACGUGCUGCUAAACUGGGACUCACCCUUCACCACCAGCACCCUCGACCUCUUCCGUGCGAUGGUUUACAUGCGGCUAACACGCGGGUUCCAGCUCUGCGUGGGGCCAGGUGUGGCACGCGUUGAGAGUGAGCGUGCGGGGGGAAACCCUGCGGCGCUUACGAAGUACCUCCCAUCACGUGCGGAUUGUCACGGUGCGCGCGUGUACAUGAGCUCGGUAAACGAGAUCCAUCGGAUUGCGUGCGACCACGGAGGGAGUAUCAAUGUUCAGGUGUAUAGUCGGGUGAAUCUGGCGGUGAGACCGGCAAAGUCGGGGGAGGCCGACCUGGAAAGCCAGGCGAAAUCUGGCAUAACGAUAUCGGCGAGCCUUCUGACACCAGACGACCCAAACCUCGCAGCGGUCCUCCCAGCGAAAUCAUUGGAUGAAAAUAUACUUCCAGCAACUCCCUUAGACGAGACGAUACCCCCGGUGAUUCCCGUGGACGAAAUUCCAUGGACAGCACCUCAGGCGGCCCCGUCGGAUUCGCUCUCGAUUUCGGUACCUCUCAUCAAGACCCGCUAUUCCGAAACAUACACCCCCUCGCCUCUCAACCCCCUCAUGGCGAUUCCUUGCGUUAAGUGGAACCAGGUCGACCAGGUGCUCGCGGGCUUCGAUGACGUGACGGACCGCACGAUGUACAAUCGUAUCAAGUUCGUGGUGAUCCCGUGCGAGCUCCCCGUGGGCUUCGCGGCAGGCGAUCAGGGUUUAAACCUGGAGGAGCUCCGGUUGGAGGGCUUUCGCAAGCUCAUCGGGGCGGUGCACAAGGGGCGUUGCCGUACGCGCGAGGAGCAGGUCGCACGUAAGAAGGAAGAGAUUGCUCCAGAAAUCACCUUCUACACGGGUAGCUUGUUUUCAUUUCUUACAGCGCAGGCCGCGGCGAGUGAGACGUCACACCUGCUCUUCGCGGACGCGAGUUACACGCGCGGCAUGCAACUAGCGAGUCUUGCGCGCGCACUCCAGAGCGCGAAGGGGAUUGCGUUUCUGGACCGCCGCUGGCACUUUUCCUCGUACAAGCACUGCUUUAUGGGCCUGGAGUUUACCACGUGGAUGGUGGAGAUGUUUGAGGACAUUGAUACACGCGAAGAUGCGGUCGAGUUUGGCAAUGCGCUUAUGGAGCGGGGAUUCUUCCGUCACGUCACCAACCGGCACAACUUUCUUGAUGGCCACUACUUCUACCAGCUCGACGCAGCGUACGCAGAGACUGCGCGCACACGCGAUGAAAAUGCGGAUAAAACGGAAGAGACGGUCUCGUCUACGAGUUCGCCCGCGAGUCCCGCGCCCGCGCCUGCCCCAACCGUCAUGCUUAGCAGCUCGCUCGACUACAACGUGGAUCCGACCGGAAAAUCCUUUAAACUCGAGGUCGUGCGCGUGCACUACGACCGCGUGCACAACCCCGAGCACUGUUUCCACCUUCGGCUCGAGUGGCUCAACACCACGUCCAAGUUGAUCGAUGACACGGUACUCGGGUGGAGCCGGCUCUGCGAGCGUUACGGGCUCCGGCUCGUAGAGAUCCCGUGGCGCGAGGUGUGUACGGUGCCGUCGGUGAACCCGUUCCACUCGUACGCGGAGCUUACGCUAGCACUCGACCCGUGGACCGACGCGGCACUCAACGAUGCGGAUGGCACGCGGCUCCUCGCGGAGCAGCAGUUCUUCUAUCAUAUCUACCUCCUUGAGAGCAGCGGCUUCAUGUUGGACAACCGCUCGGGUGUGUUUUUCAAUAAGGAGUCGAUUGAGGUCAACUACUCGUGGGGCAAGCCGACGUUCAAGUACGCGCAGUACAUCCACCGCUCAGGGGUUUAUUUUGCCGAGAUUCGCACCACGGGGGACCUCUUCCUUGCGCCAAACAACUACCAUAUCGCGCGCGUCAAUAGCGGGAGCGGGGCCAAGGAGAGCUUUAUUAACUCGCAUCGGUUUUUGUUGGACUUUCGUGCAAAGUGCGGCGAUCGCGCGCGGCUUCGUGAGAUUUUUCUGGAGGCAAAGAGCAAGUGGAUUGUGACAAAGAGGUUGGAGGAGACAAUAAGUCAGUAG